AUGCGAGGAUUCUUACAAUCCAGCGCUCUUUUCAUCUCCCUGGCUCUAGAGACACAAGCUCAAUUCACCCAUGAGACACGAUUUAGCACCACGUUCGGUCUCGCCAGCCAGAACAAAACAUUCGAUUAUGUGAUAGUCGGAGGAGGCACGGCAGGUCUCACCACGGCCAUGCGCUUGUCCGAAAACAACACCGCAUCUGUAGCUGUAAUCGAAGCAGGGGGCUUUUACCAGAUGGCGGGUAAUUUGACGACCAUUCCGGGGUAUGAGUCUGAGUAUCAGGAAGCGCCGCCGUCUAUUGACUGGAUGAUUCGUACAACAAAUCAAUCGAACCUGGAAGGUCGCUCGGUGCUGUAUCCUCAGGGAAAAUGUUUUGGUGGAUCGUCUGCGAGAAAUGGCAUGGCCUACCAACGAGGCACAGCCAGCUCAUACGACCUCUGGGCCAAAGCAAUCGGUGACGACAGCUACCGCUUCGACCAAGUCCUUCCAUACUUCCAAAAGAGCGUUCAGUUCGAUUCUUCGCAGACGGCUUUCCUUGAAACUACUAUGAAGAACUCCGAUAGUUUUCAGACGUACCCUGGAACUUUGGCUAAGCAGGUGCUGUUUGAUGGGGCGAAGAGGGCAACGGGAGUGCGUGUUGAUACUGCUGGGACGGAAUAUGUUCUUUCGGCUAAGAAAGAGGUUAUUUUGGCUGCUGGGGUGUUUCGCACCCCUCAAUUGCUCAUGGCAUCUGGGGUCGGUCCAGCGCAGAAAUUGGAGGGAUUGAAUAUUCCAUUAGUGAGCAACCUGAGUGGUGUCGGGCAGAACUUGUUGGACAACCCCGGAUACGGCACGUUAUAUCCUGUAAACGCCGUCAGCCAGCACCGCCUCUGGAGCAACAGCACCUACGCAGCAGAAGCACACGACCAAUUCUAUAAAACCCGUUCAGGACCACUGACCACUUUUGCUAGCAACUACAUCCUAUGGGAAAACCUCCCAAACACUACGGCCCAAACCGCCACCACCAGUACCCAUCUUCCUACCUUUCCCCCUGACUGGCCCGACAUUCAGUACAUCUUCAACGCAGCAGGCACCACCACCACCGAGACCGCCGACUACAUUAGUAUCGGUGUUGUUGUUUUGAAAGCCACAUCCAGGGGCCAAGUUGGCAUCAGCUCGGCCGAUACAGCGGAUAACCCGCUCGUGGACGUAAACUGGCUUAAUACUAAAUCUGAUCAAAAAAUGCUCGUGGAGGGGCUCAGGAGAGUGAGGGUGUUUGCUAAUGCAACAGGGGUUCUUGCUGGAGAGGAGAUCCUACCGGGGCCGGAUGUGCAGAGUGAUGGGGAGAUACUGAACUGGGUGAGGAGUGCGGCUACGCCGAGUCAUCAUGCUGUUGGGACGUGCAAAAUGGGCCGCUCGAAUGAUACUUCAGCCGUGGUUGAUUCUGCGGGUCGUGUGUUGGGAGGCAUUUCAGGGCUGCGUGUUGUCGAUGCUAGUGUUAUGCCAGUAUUGCCGCCUGGACAGCCUAUGUCGACAGUCUGUGAAUAUGAUUUCUGA